AUCCUGCCCCAUCUCCCCGAAGGGACUCGGGCCGGCUCACAACAGGGACAAGCCCGAAACAAUGACACAACAUAUUUGACAAAAACUUAAAACAUUUCAAUGAUACACAAAAUAAAAUAAUGGACAAUACAUUAAAAUCCAAGCAGAUAGACCACAUCAGCUCUCGUUUCUGAUACAGAACAUAUGCCAUCCAGUAGUCGCCAUUUGCUCACCCACAGAAAACCCUAUUUAAUCAUCUAGAGCUGGUGUGGUCUCUCCAAUGCAAUUUUCGGAAUUAGCACCCUAGAUAACCAAACUGAAUCCCUUUUGACCCCGGGACCACUUUGACCAGGGACCACUCUCCAACAUUAGUACCAAAAGGCUUACGAAUCAUAUUUUGGUCCACUUUAUUUUGGUUUGUUUAUCUGAGCUGCUGAUCCACAAAAUUGCACUGGAUAGACCACAUCUGCUCUGGUUUCUGAUACAGAACAUAUUCCACCCAGUAGUCGCCAACUGGUUGCCCACAGAAAACCCUGUUUAAUCAUCUAGAGCUGGUGUGGUCUCUCCAAUGCAAUGUGGACUUAGUGCAGUUUGACACUGCUUUAACUGCUAUGGCUCAGUGCUACGGAAUCCUGUGAGUUGCAUUUUGCAAGCUUUGGCAGAGAAGAGCUUCAAAAACUACAGCUCCCAGGAUCCCAUAGCAUUGAACCAGGGUGGUUAAAGUGGUGUCAAACUGCAUUUUUACUGCUGUGUGGAUGCACCCUUUGGCGGGGAGAUAGAAAUAACCUAAAACUCCCCAAGCAAUCCAUUAGGGUUUAGCUGGGCAUCGUGUGUUAACUUGUUUAACAUGACAAAAACAAGAAGCCGGAGGAGUUUUGUGUCUUGUGUGCCGAGAGUGACCCACAGCGGCGCAUGAAAGAACUUCACUGUGGGUGGCUUAAAGCCUUUUUCGUUACAUUGCUCUAAUUUAGGGUCGAUGGAAGGGGAAACCAGGGUCAGAAUGCAGACAAGUAUUUCAUGUUUCCCCCAUUUACCUUUAUUCCUCCGAAGCGCCCGUUGUGCAGCCAUGAUGGACGACGAAGACGCCCUGAGCGAGCGGGGCAUCAACGCCUCCAGGAUGAGAUACGACGACGAAGAAGACUUCCACUCCAUCUACAUCGGGGUCCCCGUCCCUCGCGGAUACCGGAGGAAGCGGCGCCGGAGGCGGUCAGUGUCCAGCCGGGACAAGGUCACAGAGAGCGAGAGGCACUACGAGCGGCAGGACCGGUCCGACACGGACGAGGGCGGGCGCAUGGGCUACGAGAACGGGAACGACAGUGCCAGCCGGACCAUGUCUCCGGCGGCGGAGCGGCUCCGCUACAUCCUUGGAGAAGACGAUGAGCCUCCGAACCCCACGCUCUUCACGGAGAUGGACACCCUGCAACACGACGGGGAGGAGAUGGAGUGGAAGGAGUCCGCCAGGUGGAUCAAGUUUGAGGAGAAGGUGGAGGAGGGCGGGGAGCGGUGGAGCAAGCCGCACGUGUCCACGCUGUCCCUGCACAGCCUCUUCGAGCUCCGCACCUGCCUCCAGACCGGCACCGUCCUCCUCGACCUCGACGGAUACUCCUUGCCGCAGAUCAUCGACGACGUGAUUGACAAGCAGAUAGAGGACGGCUUGCUGAAGCCGGAGCUGAAGGAGAAGAUCAGCUACGUUCUGCUGAGGAAACACCGGCACCAGACCAAGAAGCCCAUCCACCGCUCCCUGGCCGACAUGGGGAAGUCCGUCUCCAACACCAACCGCAGCCCGGUCCGGAGCCCUGCGGCCGGAGCCAGCCUCCACCGUUCGUCCGAAGACCUCCGGAUGCGGCAGAGCGCCAGCUACGGACGACUGCGCCAUGCGCAAAGCCGGAGCAUGAAUGACAUUACGGACACGCCGAGCACGGACCAGCUGAAGAACAAGUUCAUCAAGAAGAUCCCCAAAGACGCGGAGGCCUCCAACGUCCUGGUGGGCGAAGUGGACUUCCUGGAGAAGCCCUUUGUGGCCUUCGUCCGGCUCCUGCAGUCCACCAUGCUGGGCGGCGUCACCGAGGUCCCCGUCCCCACCAGGUUCCUCUUUAUCCUUUUGGGUCCCACCGGAAAAGCCAAAUCCUACAACGAGAUCGGCCGCGCCAUUGCCACCCUCAUGGUGGACGAUCUCUUCAGCGACGUGGCCUACAAGGCGCGCGACCGGGAAGACCUGAUCGCCGGGAUCGACGAAUUUCUGGACGAAGUCAUCGUCCUUCCGCCGGGAGAAUGGGACCCAAACAUCCGGAUAGAGCCGCCCAAGAAACUCCCAUCCGCCGAAAAGAGGAAAUCUGUGUUUUCCCUGAGCGACGCCGGGCAGAUGAACGGGGCGGCCGGUGGAGCCGGAGGAGGCGGCGGCGGAGGAGGAGGAGGCGGAAGCGAAGACGAAGAGAUGCCCGCGGUGCACGAAAUCGGGGAGGAACUGGUGUGGACUGGGAAGUUCUGCGGAGGGCUCUACCUGGACAUCAAGCGGAAGCUGCCCUGGUUCCCCAGCGACUUCUACGAGGGCUUCCACAUCCAGUCCAUCUCCGCCAUCCUCUUCAUCUACCUCGGCUGCAUCACCAACGCCAUCACCUUCGGGGGGCUGCUGGGGGACGCCACCGAGAACUACCAGGGCGUCAUGGAGAGCUUCCUGGGGACGGCCAUGGCGGGGGCCAUGUUCUGCUUCUUCGCCGGGCAGCCCCUCAUCAUCCUCAGCAGCACCGGGCCCAUCCUCAUCUUCGAGAAGCUGCUCUACGACUUCAGCAAGGGCAACAGCAUCGACUACAUGGAGUUCCGGCUGUGGAUCGGUCUGCACUCGGCGCUGCAGUGCCUGAUCCUGGUGGCCACGGACGCCAGCUUCAUCAUCAAGUACAUCACCCGCUUCACGGAGGAGGGCUUCUCCACCCUCAUCAGCUUCAUCUUCAUCUACGACGCCAUCAAGAAGAUGAUCGGGGCCUUCAAGUACUACCCCAUCAACGCCGACUUCAAACCAGACUACGUCACACUCUACAAGUGCGAGUGCCUCGCCCCGGACCCAGUGAAUACCACCCUGUUCAAUGCUUCAGCCCCACUGGCUCCAAACAACACUAACUUUUCUCUGUACACCCCCCCGAACACCACAGCGCUGGACUGGACGCAGCUGAGCAAGAAGGAGUGCCUGCGCUACGGGGGGAGCCUGGUCGGCAAGUCCUGCAAGUUCGUCCCGGACUUGGCCCUCAUGUCCUUCAUCCUCUUCUUCGGCACCUACUCCAUGACCCUGACCCUCAAGAAGUUCAAGUUCAGCCGAUACUUCCCCACCAAGGUCAGGGCCCUGAUUGCCGAUUUUUCCAUUGUCUUCUCCAUCCUUUUCUUCUGCGGGAUAGAUGCCUGCUUUGGACUGGAAACCCCCAAGUUGCAUGUGCCCAGUAUCAUCAAGCUUCGCAAACUCAUUAGCGACUUUUCUAUCUUCAUGUCCAUUCUCAUGUUUGUCGGUCUGGACAUUUUGUUUGGGCUGAACACGCCGAAACUGCAAGUGCCUACGGAUUUCAAGCCGACCCGCCUGGACCGGGGCUGGUUCGUGUUCCCCUUUGGGAAGAACCCGUGGUGGCUGUACCUGGCCAGCGCCCUCCCGGCCCUCCUGGUCACCAUCCUCAUCUUCAUGGACCAGCAGAUCACCGCCGUCAUCGUCAACCGCAAGGAGCACAAGCUGCGGAAGGCGGCCGGCUACCACCUGGACCUCUUCUGGGUGGGCAUCCUGAUGGCGGUCUGCUCCUUCAUGGGCCUGCCCUGGUACGUGGCGGCCACCGUCAUCUCCAUCGCCCACAUCGACAGCCUCAAGAUGGAGACCGAGACCAGCGCUCCCGGCGAGCAGCCCCAGUUCCUGGGCGUCAGGGAGCAGCGCGUCACCGGCAUCAUCGUCUUUGUGCUGACGGGGAUCUCGGUCUUCCUGGCGCCGAUACUGAAGUACAUCCCGAUGCCGGUGCUUUACGGGGUCUUCCUCUACAUGGGCGUCGCCUCGCUCAACGGCAUCCAGUUCUGGGACCGCUGCAAGCUCUUCCUGAUGCCGGCCAAGCACCAGCCGGACUACGUCUACCUGCGCCACGUGCCGCUGCGGCGCAUCCACCUCUUCACCACGGUCCAGAUCAUCUGCCUGGCCAUCCUCUGGAUCCUCAAGUCCACCGUGGCCGCCAUCAUCUUCCCCGUCAUGAUCCUGGCCCUGAUCCUGGUGCGGAAGAUGCUGGACUUUGUCUUCUCGCAGCACGACUUGGCCUGGAUCGACAACAUCAUCCCCGAGAAGGACAAGAAGAAGGAGGACGACACCAAGAAGAAGGGCAAGAAGGGCAAGGGCGGUGGCGGCGGCAGCAAAGGCGGUGGCGGAAGCAAAGGGGAGGAGGACAGCUCCGACGAGGAAAGAGGUCUUCCAGUUGGAACGCUGCGCUCUGAUGCCUCCCCAAACGAGUCGGACCUGGACCGCAGCAUCACUCUCCACCUGAAGAUCUCCUGCCCGUCCUCCCCGGCCUUCGGCUACUCCCCCCGCAGCCCCCUCUGCGCCGUCCCGCAGGUCAAGAUCGAGAUGGAGUCCGACUACGAGGACACCGACACCGAGAAGCACGGGCGGGACAUGGGCAGCGAGACCACCCUAUAGUCCCCGCCCCCCUCCUCCCCUCGGAUAUACCUGUCUAUCUAUAUAAAAGGAGAAUGGCAUCGCUCCACCGGGCAAAACAACAAAACUCAAGGCCCACCCCCCCAACCUAGAAAAUUGACAACACAAACCCUCAUCCACGUCUCUACGUUCUUACAAACUACGCCUCCCUAGUAGAAAACGGCCAGGCUUUGAAGCUGCAAUUCCAAUUGGCCACAGCAAUGCGUGGCAGGGCACAGAUAGUAUAGAGAGAGAGAAAUGUUAUCUAUAGAGACAGACACACGACAGCCGUAUUUGGUGUUCGGUGCGCAAGGCCGAGGAGGGGGUCCCGUCUCUCCCCCUUUCGCGGACCCUCUCCUGCUUCAGACGGGACCGAACGAGACCCACCGAAGGAGACGUCUCCCUGGACUUCAGAACUUUUUGGAAGCAAACGAAGGGGUCCGACCACAUUUGGGGAACGGAGCGGCAGCCGUAGAGCCCGGACCCCGGGUUGGACCUUCCUUCCGCCUGUCCGUCUUCCUUCUCCGGGCCUUUGAAGCCACUCCAGCCCUGAAAGAGUCCUGGGCGGUGAGAUUCCUUCACCAUUUGCACACCUUUGUUUUUGCACAGAAAACAGCACUUUUCCAUAAGAGCCAGUCAGAUUUCAACUUAGAAAAAUCAGGCAAAAAAAUUGUUUUUCUGAUCCUUAAAAAAAAACCACUUAAGUUUCCAUCAGAGGUAUUUUUCUGUGCAAAAUUCACCUGUGGUUGCGUUGAAUAGGAACACAGCCAUUUUCUGCACAGAAAACAGCAUGCCAUAGAUGUGGGCGAAACGUCAGGAGAGAAUACUUCUGGAACACGGCCACACAGCCCGAAAGACAUACAACAACCCAGCGUUUUUUUUUUUUGUCCGAGAUAAAGAUCGUGGCUGGUGGGGCAGCGGGUUAAACCGCCAAGCAGCUGAACUCGGUGGUUUGAAUUGAGGGAGUGGGGUGAGCUCCUGCCAACCUAGCCAUUUGAAAACAUGCAAAUGUGAGUAGAUCAAUAGGUACAGCAGGAAGGCAAGGGCGCUCCAUGCAGUCAUGCCUAUGGAGGUGUUUGCGGACAACGCAGGCUCUUCAUCUUAGACAUGGAUGUGCGCACUGAUCCCCAGAGUUGGGCACGACUGGACUUUAUGUCAGGAAAACCUUGACCAUUACUUACCAUCAGAGCCCCCGGAGGCACAGUGGGUUAAACCACUGAUCUGCUGAAUUUUCUGACCGAAAGGUGGCCAGGUUUGAAUCUGGGGAGCGGGGUGAGCUCCCGCUGUUAGCCCCAGCUUCUGCCAACCUAACAAUUCAAAGACAUGCAAAUGUGUGUAGAUCUAUAGGUCCCGCUUCUGCGGGAAGGUAGCAUUGGCAUUCCAGGGGGAAACCAAAAACUCUCAUAGUUUUCCCCUCACUAAUUUCCCCGAAUGUCCGGCUGCGGUCCCUUCACGCACUUGCAGACUCACGGUUUCCUUCCUUCUGAGCAGGACUCCUUUUGUGUACAGAAACCCCUGGGCUGCUUUCAACAUCGGUUCCUUGUAAUAACUUGUAAAUACUAAAGUUGAAGGUAAAACUUGAAUUUAUUAUUAUUAUUAUCCUAUUUAUCAUCACGCUACUUGGAUCAGGUUCCCACUGGCGGUGAAACCACCACUGAUUGCUCUUUGUGUCUUCGCUAUUUGGACACAAGGAAGGCCUUUGUACAUUUCCCUCCCGUAUGUUAAUAGAAGACCCAACUCUUAUUUUGGGGGAAAUGCUAUAUAUAUAGUAUAAUAUAUAUAUAUCCAUCCAUCCAUCCACUCACUGAUUUCAACAGGAACAGGCUUGCAAACCUUGAUUUCCACUCUGAAACGAUAGUCACCAUUUGUAUUAUUCUAAGGCAUUAUAAUAAAUUUUUGAAUCUCCUC